UCGUUAAAGUUGGUCUUCCAUCAGCAUUUCUCUCAGUCUACGUGAUACAAUCCAAGCAGCAACUUUGCCAUUAUAUACACUACGAUGGCGGAAUGUUCUACGUAUAAUCCAACAGUUCAGAUAGGACGUUUUGAAUUCAACUUUAAAUGUCUGCAGAAAAUGAUUUGCAUAAUGCCACAGAAAGAAUUUGUCUUUAGUUCAGACAGCUUAUAUGAUGGACUUAUGAUGGUUUAUCGUGCAUCCAGCGAUGAGACCAAGGAACAAUUGAAAAGUAUCCUCCAAUUACCGAUACAUCUUGGAGCAGAAUUUUGGGCAUUAGAUAGAAUUGUGGAAAAUAGAAAAGUGAAAGGACAAACACAGGAACAUGUGGAUAAAAACGUUUAUUGCAAAAAUCAUAGUUGUUGGAUUCAAGACAUCAAAUGUUAUAAAAAAAAUAAAUAUAUAACUCCUGAAAAAUGCAGAUUGUUUAAUCGUUCCGAAAUUCAUAAUAUAAUGAAUCAUAUUAAUGAAGAAUUAAACGAGAUGCAGAUUUACAUCCCUCAACCUGUGGUAUUUAGAACAUUUACUGACAAUAUGGACUUUAUUUUAUCGAACGAACUUCGGUUCAAUAUCCGCCCUAUGUGCGAAAAGGUUACAACAUACAUAUCUCGCAAAUUCGGCAUGUUCGUGACUAAGAUAUUCUUAUCAUACCGAACGUCGCUGUUCACAUUAUUUCCAGCUGUUCAGGAAUUAUCAAAACCUAAUAUCUGGAAAAUUGAUGAAGAUAUUUCUGGAUUGGUCGAAAGAUUGGCAACUAAAGAAGGAGCCGAAAUGCUCCGUGAAAUACUGUCUCCGAAGGUAUCAUUGGAAGAGUUGCCGGAUAAAAUUACGAUAUACCCCGAUUACUUCGAACUGGAGCACGAAUUGCCAAUCGAUCAGUUGGUGGAAAUGUUGGAUAUCAAACGUGUAUUAAGUCCGGAAAAGGCCAGUUUGUUUGGUUUUACUCAAGAAAAUCUGCAUCUCGGUGGUGCGAAUCAUCGUGCAUAUAUCAAGUUUACAUCAAAAGACGUUACUGCUAAUGCAAUUAAUAUAUUCUAUACCGAAUAUGGAGGGUCCCUUUCAUCUUUCCAAGAAAAUAACAAUUGCACUCAAUACAAAAAUUCGUUUGUCUGGAUGUUGCAUGACCAUAAUAAACAAAGGAUUCUUUUUACUGGCGUUGCCAUUAAAAAUUGUUAAGUAACUUUCUUUUUAGCUUUUGUUUGAAAUAUUUUGAAAACAAAGUAGUACAACUACACUUGUUUAUAGUGAUGUAUUUCUAAUAUUUUAUUUCAAUUUUGUAAAAUAUAUAUUAAUUAUACAAAAGCUUAAUUUUGAUUAAAAAUACUCUAGAAUCACGUACUUGUUUCGAAAUUUGCUAGCAUUAUUUAUAUUUUAGAAUCAUUUUGCGUUUUAGAUACAAAAUAAGUUUAAAAAUAUAUCUUCGUCAUACUUACAUCAUAAUUUGUGUAU